UCUUUGUCCCAGACGCCCAUUGUGCACAGUGGAGGAAACCCUGUGCCUUGAGCAGCCAUCUUGGAAAGGCAGAUCACUUGAGCCAGAGGAUAACCUGCAUACCUUUUACCACAGCUGAACGCCACAAACGCCUAAAAACUCAAAGUUCUGAGCCAAAAUGGCCACUGCUCCAUACAACUACUCCUACAUUUUCAAAUAUAUUAUUAUUGGGGACAUGGGUGUUGGAAAGUCAUGUUUGCUGCAUCAGUUCACAGAAAAGAAAUUCAUGGCAGACUGUCCCCAUACAAUUGGUGUGGAGUUUGGCACCAGGAUAAUUGAGGUAAGCGGUCAGAAGAUCAAACUGCAGAUCUGGGACACUGCGGGACAGGAACGCUUUAGAGCAGUCACCCGCUCCUACUACCGUGGUGCUGCCGGGGCUCUCAUGGUCUAUGAUAUUACUAGGAGAAGCACAUACAAUCACCUCAGCAGCUGGCUAACUGAUGCUAGAAACCUCACCAAUCCCAAUACUGUGAUUAUUCUCAUAGGUAACAAAGCAGACUUGGAGGCCCAGAGGGAUGUCACAUAUGAAGAAGCUAAGCAGUUUGCGGAGGAGAAUGGGCUAUUGUUCCUGGAAGCCAGUGCAAAAACAGGUGAAAAUGUUGAAGACGCUUUCCUGGAAGCUGCUAAGAAAAUCUAUCAGAAUAUUCAAGACGGAAGCCUUGACCUGAACGCGGCUGAAUCGGGGGUCCAGCACAAGCCCUCUGCCCCACAGGGUGGCAGGCUAACCAGCGAACCACAACCUCAGAGGGAAGGCUGCGGCUGCUAAUGACCAAGCAAAGCCCCGUCACCCUUUCUGCCCUUUGUCCCGUCUGUCGUGAUGCCUGCCCUCUCAUCAUCCACCCCACUUAUCCAUUCCUCCAUCUGCUUCUCCGCGCCCCUUCCUCACUGCACCAUGAGUGGAAUUGGAACACGACUGCAGAGGGGCAAUACAGGGGGCAGAUAGCGACUCGGGCCUGACUGAGCUGGGACGUGGACUACAUCUCUCCCCUCCUCUGCCUUUCUCCUGUCUGUCAGUGUUUUGCUCCUUUUCUUCAAACUGAGUUUGCUGUUGACCCUCCACCCCUUGGCUUCCAUUGCACCUUUCAGUAUAAUUCCUCCCAUCACAUCAUCAUUGAAGCUCUUUACACAGGUUAAUGACACUUAGACAAACAGUAUGUAACACUGCGUUACAAUACCUGUCAUUGGCCAAUUUGUACAAAACGAUCACAAAAAUCAGCCACUUUGUUUACCAGGUUUUUCUUUUCCAAUCAUGGUUAAUACAAUUUAGGAUUAAGCAGUGAAUGUAAGGCAGAUUUUUAACAUGAUACCAUCUGUGCAGAGGCUAAAUAUGUUGCUGAAGGUUUAACAAAGUUAGGCUUUCAAUAGGUAUCUGAAUAUCAGAUUUUAAUUCAUUUUUAGAUUACAUGAUGGCAAGUUGACAAUUUUAUUGGAAAUGUUUUCUUUGUUAUUGUGCAUACUGCAGUGAGUGUUUGUGUCAAAGGUUAAAAAAAUCACUCAAAAAUAAUGCAGCUUUUAAAGAUUCUUUUGAUAAGUCAUUACUUUUCCUUUCAUUAAUAGUUCUACCCCAGAGCUACCCCCAAAGUCAUAUCAACAAAAAUGGUCAGCAGUUGGUUUUCAUUGUUUGAUGCCUUAUUAUUACUGUAAACCUUAUUCAUUCUCUGCACUUGCCCAUUUCUAAAUCAACUAUAAAGUGAUUUUUAGAUGAUUAAAUAUAAAUAUGUGAAGGGCAGCUCACAUUUUCCCCAAGUGAUUAGCUGCAUGCUCUUUAAUCAGUCAUGGCAGCUUGUCUGUAGAUUUGAACAGACCUUCAUGGCACUAUUCAUGCUCCUUUUAUCCGACAUGAAGCUGCACAGAACAGACGGUCUGGUGCCCUAUUGGCUGGUUGUUCCCUCUGUCUUGUAUGAAACACCGAGCAGCAUGUCCAGCCUCUAAAAGCAGUGACAUUGUUGAAAUAGAUUUAUGCUUUGCUUUACCCUGAAGUAUUUUUUCCUGUAUCAUAAGUUACUCCCCAAUUACACUGCUGUAUAUAUCGCUUAUUAACUAUUGGUGAAGACCUUGCUACUUGGAGUUUAGGAAAAAUAUUUGCCAAGAUCUGUACAGUUAAUGUGCUAGUGGGUUGCCUGUAAUUCAUGCUUGGGAAAAUUCUGUAAUAUAGUUUCUAUUAAUGUAUGUAAAAGGACAGACACCUUCAGAGCCCAACCUGCCCAGCCACUGCACACUACUGAACCUGUUUGAGGGGAGAAGUUUUUUUUUUUUCCAGAUGUCUGUAGUCCGUAUACAGUGGAGAAUGGGGCACUAUUGUUUUGUGCAUUUUUAUUUUUCCUGCAAUUCCUCCACCUGGGAGGUACCUACAUCACUGUCUUAAGUUUUGGAGAGAGGGGAUUGGUUUAUUAUUGUGGGAAGUUGGUGGGUUGGUUCUUCCUUUAUCCUGUUUCCCACCCCUUUGCAGUCUGAGUGACCACUUCCUGCUUUUGUCUGUCCACAAGUACAAAAGUACAUAUGUAUAAAUUUUUAAGAAGCUGUGCUAACAUUUAAAUGCGUUCUUGCGUGUACAUGAUUUUAAAAUGUUGACAUUUUGAUUUUAAUGACAAAAUACUCUAGACAGAAAAAAUAAAUUAUACAUAACCUGUUG